CUGUUUUCUAUGGUGUUUGUUUACUUUCAUUUUUUUAGUUUUUCCUAAAAAAAAUUGUAUUCUAUUUAAAAUUUCCUUAUUUAUUAACUUAUAAAAAAUAUUUGUAAAUAAUUAAGUGACAAGAAUUUUGUGGUAAGAUAUAUUUGAGAAUUAAAAUGAAUUCCUAACCUUACAACAUCUUUAUAAUCUUUUAUGUUCCUCUUCCAAAGAAAUAAAUUACUUAUGAGCUAUUAAAAAAUAAAAAUGCUCAGUAUUUGUGAGAAAAUUCAAGAAUUCAGAUCAUUAGUGUUAGCAUCGAUAGGUGAAGUUUCUGAAUUGGACCACGCCAGUAAAGCAUUACUUGUUAGAUAUUUGAACGACACUACAACUAUAACUUCGACUUCAUCAAUAAAAAUUCAAGGUAUAAUUGAUUAUAUGUAUGAACAAGUCAACAUUGGGAAUUGGAAAGAUGUGAGAAUAUUUUUACGUAAAACAAUAACCAUUGCUUCCUAUUUACGUAUUUUAGCCAUUUUAUUGAAUUGUAAUUCACUUUCUGAUACUUUGAUAAAGGAGUUAUAUGUAGUCAUAGACUUUGGGAUUAUGUUUGGAUGUCCCAUUAAUGCAGAGCCUAGACUACUUCAGAAAUGUGCCUCAAUUGUAAAUACAUUUACAAAACAAGAUGAGAAUAACUCUGAAGACAAAAUUGUAAACAAUAAACCAAAUAUAAGUCCAAGUUAUGAACAUGAAAGAGCUAUUUCAAUAGAUGUAAUAAACAAUCCUAGUAUGGAAACAUUUUAUAAAAAUUACAUCAUGUUAGAACAACCAGUUGUUUUAGACAAAUGUAUUGAUCAUUGGCCUGCACUGUCUAAAUGGAAAGAUAAUAAUUAUUUCAUCAAACUAGCUGGGCUAAGAACAGUUUCCAUAGAAAUAGGGAAAGAAUACACAGAUUCAAAUUGGACGCAAAAGUUAAUCACUAUGAAAGAUUUUAUUAACAAUUACAUUUAUCAAUCUGAUGGACCAAUUGGAUAUCUAGCACAGUAUCAGCUUUUUGAUCAAAUUCCGGAGCUGAAAGAUGAUAUUAUAGAGCCAGAGUACUGCUGUUUCUCAGAUACAAAUGAUCCAGUAAAUAUAAUGGCUUGGUAUGGUCCUAAAGGCACAGUAUCUCCCUUACAUCAUGAUCCCACUAAGAAUUUAUUAGCACAAGUAGUGGGUGAGAAAAGACUUUAUCUAUUUUCACCAAAGGACUCAGAAUAUGUCUAUCCUCAUGAGCAUGAACUAUUAAAUAACACAGCUAGAGUGGAUCCAAGAAGUCCCGAUUUUGAAAAAUAUCCUGAGUAUAAAAAUGCUACACCAUACUUCUGUAUAUUGAAACCUGGCCAGAUGCUGUAUAUACCACCUAAAUGGUGGCAUUUUGUUGAAUCUUUAUCAGUUAGCUUUUCAGUCAGUUUCUGGUGGCAAUAAUUCAAUUUUUAACAUCAUUGAAGUUAAAUAGGACAGAUUUGAGAGAGAUUGUAUGAUAUAUCAACAAAUGAAUAAGGAGAAAGUUUAAACAAGAAUAAAAGAAUGGUAUGUAAAAAUA